ACAUAUGUAAGCCAAAGAGAAAUUGGGGGAAAUUGCGUUCUUGUACAAGAACAAGUGUUUUAAUUGUUUUAAACAAAAGACAGCACCUUUGAAAACUAGGUUAAUAACAUUUGGCUACCUGGGAGCCUAAAUUAUACAAUAAUAUAUAUUUUUAUUGAAAUCCAACAAAGAUAAGCGGGAAAAGUCAUGGACUGCGCACCCCUUAAUUUGGCUCACUUCCACGAGCGAAGGUCGGAGCGUUUUAUACGCAAUCAUCGCUACGAGGAGGCUAUAAAAGCCCUGGAAACCUCUCUUAUUUACAUGCAGGAUGCCCAAAAACGGGUGGCUCUGCCCAAAUCCAGGGAAGUUUUGGACACAUUGACCCUGGAUUUCCAACGAAAACUGCGCCAAAUUGAGAUGAGGAAAACCCAGCAUGGCUUAAAUAAACUAAAGGACUUUGCACCCUUGAAGGAAACCAGUCCCAUGUUGCCUCUCCGCCCGGAAAACGGCGCCAGUGCAGCUGGAGGAUCUGCGCAGUCGGUGGCUAAGGCGAUCGACAAAACGGUCCAGGACUUCGAUGCCAAGUUUACCUCAUCAUUGGUGGCAAGGGCCCCAAACUCAUUGGCCAACUCGGAGCCCCAAAUGGAGACGCUGAAGAGGAGCGACCCUGCCAAGGAUGAGGAUGGACGAGACCCAUAUGAGCACCGACUGACGGGCAGCGGGGAUCUGGACUUGCCCUCUCUGGCUCCCUUGGAGUUGCCCUCCUUCGAUUAUAGCCUGUUCACCAGUUCGUCAGCUCCUUCGCUGGCCAGUUAUGCCGGCAUGGCCGAGAGUUUCCAGAAAUAGUAGUGGGAUUGUAGGUUUCAAGGCUCUUGAGAACCACAGACUUUGGUUAAUUUCGUUUAACUUCGGAAGAUCUCUUUAAAACACUGUGCCCUUGAGUCCAAAUUUAAUUAAGCUCUAAAAAAGGUUAUACUAUUAGGUUUACCUAUUCUUGAUUUUGUUCAAAAUUAAAAGGUUAAUUUAAAGUGUCACAGAUUGUUUGUAGUUCAGAUUUAACACGGAAUGACUUAUCAGAACACAACAAAUUAAAGUAAAUAAAACAUAAAUUAGGUAAAAUUUAGUA